GAUAACUUAGAUAAUAGCACAGCACCUCAUAGUUUUUGCCACCCAAAUUCUGUAAGAACUGCUAGCUCUGAUUUCUGAAAAGUAUAGCACUUUGCUUCCUUUGGUUUCAUCAUCUUCCCUAUUUUCUUUCACUUACCAAUUACAGACACAAAAAUGGAAGCAGCAUGGGCCACAAGUGCAGGCAUAAUUUUCACAGUAAUAGUUGCUAUGAUAUGGGCAUGGAGGGUGCUGAACUGGUUGUGGCUGAAGCCGAAGAGGCUUGAGAGGCUUCUAAGAGAACAAGGCCUUCAGGGCAAUCCAUACAAGAUUAUGGUUGGGGACUUAAAGGAUAUUAUGAAGAUGCAAAAGGAAGCAAGGUCCAAACCCAUGAAUCUCUCUGAAGAUAUAGUGCCCCGUGUGUUUCCUUUUGUCCAAAAAAAUGUCAACAAACAAGGCAAUAAUUCUUUUAUUUGGUUAGGACCAAUGCCAAGUGUGACCCUCACAGAUCCUGAGCUAAUAAAAGAUGUACUUAACAAGAUUUAUGACUUCCCAAAACCUAAUGCCAAUAAGCUUGUCAAGUUACUAGUUACGGGUCUUGUAAGCCAUGAGGGAGAAAAGUGGAGCAAGCACAGAAGGAUAAUCAACCCUGCAUUCAAUUUAGAAAAAUUGAAGAUUAUGUUACCAAUAUUUUUUGAAAGUUGCAAUGAUCUGAUUAGCAAAUGGGAGGGAAUGUUAUCUCUUGAUGGAUCCUGUGAAAUGGAUGUUUGGCCUUUCCUUCAGAAUUUGGCGAGCGACGUUAUUUCUAAAACAGCAUUUGGAAGUAGUUAUGAAGAAGGAAGAAGAAUAUUUGAACUUCAAAAAGAGCAAGCUGAACUUGUAAUGAAAGUUUUAAUGAAAGCUUUCAUCCCUGGAUGGAGGUUUCUACCUAAUACUACCCAACGGAGGAUGAAGCAAAUUUACAGAGAUGUACAAGUUUCGCUUAAGGAUAUAAUUAACAAGAGAGAGAAAGCAUUAAAGGCUGGUGAAGCUGCUAAGAAUGACUUGUUAGGAAUACUUCUGGAGUCAAAUCAUAAGGAAAUUGAAGAACAAGGAAACAAUAAGAAUGUUGGAAUGAAUAUUGAAGAUGUAAUAGAGGAAUGCAAGCUAUUCUACUUUGCAGGGCAGGAAACCACUUCAAGUUUGCUUGUUUGGACAAUGGUGUUAUUGAGUAGGUACCCUGAUUGGCAAGCACGUGCUAGGGAUGAAGUCUUACAAGUCUUUGGAAACAGCAAACCAGAUUUUGAUGGGCUGAGUCACCUUAAGAUUGUAACCAUGAUUUUGUACGAGGUUCUUAGGUUAUACCCACCAGCACUUGAGGUUUCUCGAACUGUUCACAAAGAUAUGAAACUUGGAAACAUGACAUUACCUGCUGGAGUGCAAAUUUCCUUACCAAUAGUUUUGGUUCACCAUGACUGUGAACUAUGGGGUGAUGAUGCUAUGGAGUUCAAUCCUGAUCGAUUUUCUGAAGGAGUUUCAAAGGCAACAAAUGGCAGAGUUUCUUUUAUUCCAUUUGGAUGGGGCCCAAGGAUAUGCAUUGGACAAAACUUUGCCAUGUUGGAAGCAAAGAUGGCUUUGUCUUUGAUUUUACAACAUUUCUCAUUUGAACUUUCUCCUGCUUAUGCUCAUGCUCCAGCUCAAGUGAUUACUCUUCAGCCACAAUAUGGUGCUCAUAUCAUUCUACAUAAAGUGCAAAAAUAAAAAAUAAUAAUAAGCUCUUAUGGUAUGAUUUUUAUCACACAGCUCUGCCGGAAAGCUUGUAAUGUAAUAAUAAAAUCAUCCUUUAGAUACUAUGAUAUGUUUGAUUUCAUUUACACAGCUAAAUUGAAUCCCUUGUUAUGUGUUGGGAUUUAAUUUAAUAAAUUUGAUUCUAGUAUAAGUUUGCAAUAAUUUAUGUUGUCUAAAUUAAAAUAUUUGUCAU